AUGGAAAACGGCGUCACGUACACGGAGGAGCAAUCAAUUUCUUCCGCGAAGAAAUCCGACGAGGCCAGUGCAGAACAUAUCGACAGCCCCCAGCUCACUAAUGUACCGGAUGCCAUCAAAGAAUCAGAGCUCCUAGAGGUGAUCAAAGUCGAACAUCGCGAGGAAGUUCUGAACUUCGUUCACGAACUCGAGGCGGAGCUUCAGCGAAGUGAGGCUAAUGGCCCUCGGCGACGCUCUGAUGCAUUCCAAUUAUCAUUCAAGAACCCCAAGUACUUCACCUGGGUAAUGGCUGCUUUUGCAUCAAUGGGAGGGCUACUGUUCGGCCUGGAUCAAUCACUUAUCAGCGGCGCAAACCUCUUUAUGCCUACCGCUCUGGGAUUAUCCGUGCAACAGGUAGGAUUCGUCAAUAGUUCGAUGCCUCUCGGCGCCGUGGCCGGCGCUUUUCUGCUUAUUCCCGCCAAUGAAUAUCUCGGUCGUCGAUGGGCGAUCAUUCUGGCCACCAUUCUGUAUACUAUCGGGGCGGCUUUGGAAGCUGGCGCGAUCAGUUACCCUAUGAUGAUCGUGGGCCGUUUGAUUCUUGGCUUUGGUGUCGGCAUCGAGACAGGUACGGUGCCGGUGUAUGUGGCAGAAUGUGUGGAGCGUCAGUUCCGGGGAAACCUGGUUUCACUUUACCAAUUCAACAUUGCGCUGGGAGAAGUUUUCGGCUACGUCGUGGCCGCUAUCUUCCUAAAAGUGGACGGGAAUUGGCGGUAUAUGCUUGGCUCAUCCAUUGUAUUCUCGACUUUGAUGCUCAUUGGCAUGCUUCUUCUGACUGAAAGUCCCCGUUUCCUAAUGCAUCAGUCUCGACUCUUCGAUGCCUACCGUGUCUGGAAGCGCAUUCGCGGUGUCGAAUCCUUCGACUCACAAGCCGAAUUCUACUUGAUGAAACUAACAGCUGAUGCUGAAGAGCGUGAGUUACGAGCGAAACGUGCGACUGUGAAAUUCAUCUGGUUCGACUUUAUCACUGUCCCUCGCUGCCGUCGCGCUAUCAUUUAUGCGAAUAUUAUGAUUCUGCUUGGCCAAUUCGUCGGCAUAAAUGGCCUUAUGUACUACAUGGGUAUUCUAAUGCAGCAGAUCGGGCUCAAUCCUGCGAACAGCACAUACAUGUCCAUGGUUGGCGGCGGCUCUCUACUCAUCGGCACCAUUCCCGCGAUCUUCAAUAUGGAGCGUUUCGGCCGUCGCUUCUGGGCCAUCACCAUGCUUCCUGGCUGCUUCAUCGGCCUCGUUCUGAUCGGCUGCAGCUACCUCUUUAAUGUCAACACGAACGUCCAAGCCGUAGAAGGGCUAUAUUUAUCCGGCCUGAUUAUAUACAUGCUCUGCUAUGGAUCCUACGCCUGUCUCACAUGGGUUAUCCCAUCUGAUGUGUACCCGACGUACCUCCGCAGCUAUGGCAUGGCGACGUCAGAUGCAAUGGUCUUUCUGGGCUCGUUCAUUAUCACUUACAAUUUCAGCGCCAUGCAAGACGCGAUGACUAAAACUGGGCUCACUCUGGGGUUCUUCGGCGGGAUUAGUGUUCUGGGCUGGUUUUACCAGGUCCUGUUCAUGCCGGAGGUCAAGGAUAUGACGCUGGAAGAAGUUGGAGUGGUAUUCUCCAAGCCUACGGGGCAGCUUGUGAAGGAGAAUCUGACCAGCAGUAUCCGAACCACUUCUCUCCUAUUACGUGGUCAAUUCCGAGAAGCGGUGUUGGGCUCACAAGGAUCAGAAAGGCAACAAGACAAAGUGUAA